ACGACUACGAUUGCCUCAUUCGUGCUUCAACCGUCGAGCGGAGAACAUCGUCGUCGAUUUCGUGCCACUUUUAUUGGACGGCUCUCAUUAGACGUCGAAUUGUGGUAUUUUCGUGAUAUUCGUGCUAAUAUUGUGCUUUUUGUAGAGAUAAGAAUAUCGCCUAAUUGCGUUAAAAAUAUAUUACGACGAGAGUGAGCAUGUGUGUGCGCAAAAAAGGUGUGAAUUGUGAAACCUCACUCGAAUGAUUUUGUGUUGUUUACACGCAAAAUCGUCACAAAGAAGAAGUUUUUGUUGAGUGUGUUGGUAGAAAAAUUGGAAUUUUUCUGCGAGACAUUGUCACCGAGUAAGUGCAAUAAGUGUAAUGCAGAUCCAAGAAGCCUAAUCUGCAACAAGAAAAAAGAAGAAUAAAUGUACAUCUAAACGAAGCAAAAGGCAUCCAUAAAACGAUCCAAGUGACCUUAGGGAGCAAAAGGCGAAGCAUACUUUGAUAAAUAAAUACAAUAUUGGCUGUGCUGCCUUGAGAACGAUUACGGAACGUGGAUUUUUUCCUCCCAAUCCAACUGCAAAGCCUGCUGUGUGUUGGUGUGAAUAAAAGCCUGUGGCGUAGAUCGCGAGGGGCAAAAACAAACAAGUGUCACGCGGUGAGAGUGUGUUGGUGUGCCACAUAUUGACGCAUACACACACGCACCGACUAAACCGAUAGGGGAAAAAAUGCGGAAUAAUAUCAGCAGCAACAACAUGGAAUCCUUGUACGACGAUAACAACGCUCAGUAUGUUCCGGCCACGAGUCAGGCUCCCGCCGGUACCACCAACACCGGAAAUGGCCUGAAGCGACCGGCCACGUUGGAGCUGAACCCGGGCAAACGACGCAAGCCAAUGUACAAUGCGUCCGUCACGGCGCCACCCGUGCUCACGUCGCCGGAUCUGCAGGUGCUAAAACUUGUCUCACCGGAACUGGAGAAGAUAAUCAUCAACAAUGCCGCCCUGCCCACGCCAACGCCGAGCAGUAUCCUCUACCCGACAAAGGCCACCACCGAACAGGAACAGUUUGCCAAAGGCUUCGACGAAGCACUUCUCUCUAUGCACGAAAAAGACAACAUCAACAAGAUGCACAUCACCCACAACAACAACAACAACAACAGCACCAGCAAUAACAAUAACAAUAGCAGCAGUAAUAGCAGCAGCAACAGCAGCGGCAACAGUAUAGUGGCAGCCGGGUCAACCUCCGUCCCCACCUCAGGCGUUCACAGCAACACGAUGAGCGGCGGUGACAUCACCUACACUGACCUCGACAGCUACCCGGGAGUCAUCAAGGAGGAGCCCCAAACCGUGCCCCAGUCGCCGCCGGUCAGCCCGAUCAACAUGGAAAACCAGGAGCGCAUCAAGCUGGAACGCAAACGGCUCCGGAAUCGGGUGGCCGCGUCCAAGUGCCGCAAGCGAAAGCUCGAACGAAUCUCCAAGCUCGAGGACAAGGUGAAGGACCUCAAGACGCAAAACACCGAACUGUGCAGUAUCGUGUUCAACCUGAAGCAGCACGUGAUCCAGCUGAAGCAGCAGGUUAUAGAACACCACAACUCGGGCUGCACCAUCACGCUGACGGGAAAGUUCUAAAAAAAGCGCUUCGAGCCGGUUAUUUAUUUAAAUGUACGCAAUCCUAUUUCAACUCAUACUUGUUCUUCUUCUUUGUAACCACGCCCAUCUUCCUGUUUUUCUUUGUCCAUUUUCAUCAAACUUAAGUAAGACAAGAAAGAAAGAUUACUAAAACAUGCUACUGCAAACCGCUUAAAAUACGACGACGAACAGAAAAUGCCUUACAAAAAAAAAAACGCGAAUGGAACGAGCGUUAGUGUUAACCAUUAGCAAUUUAUGUCCCCCCCUCCUUAAUUCCUUAGAGAGUGUCGUCCCAGCGAGUGAAAUUUUAAAAUGCGCUAGAAAACAAGACGGAACCAGCAAGCAACUCUAGUCUCCAGAUCGGGAAUGCCCAAUGCCAAGCAAUAAAAUUGUGUAACGCGUUUAGGCAUUUUUAAACGUUCCACUUUGGGUAACUGCAACAGCAGAUUCGCACGUGUCAUAAAACAAACUGUUUCGGUCCCGUUGUGCGUCACAAAGUAUUUGUAAAGUUCAGAUUAGCGAACGAAGAGCGCCAAUUAAGUUGAGGUUAUUUUUUGCUACACUAAGUUAUUGAUUUUAGAACGCAGAGAGUCCACACGAGGGGCAAAGUCUCACUUAGGUUUUUUGUUUGUUUUUAUUUAUCAGUUUUGUGCGCGAAAA